CUCGACCACCACUUAUUAUCCAUCUAGCCACCAACGAAUGGUACGGAUUAGGCGGCGACUAUUCUUCCUCUCCAAUCAUCAAUCCACCAUAUUUUGUUCACGAUUAAUGCGGAUUAGGCGGCGACUAUUCUUCCUCUCCAAUCCCCCGCCGCGAUCCCCGUCUCCACCAACGCCACCGUCCUCCACUCUCCACAUCUUCUCCCAGAUGGUACGCCUCCCACCCAAUCACAUCACGCAAUUCUUGAGGGUCCCGGAGUCCAAAAUUGGCGGCGCGGUGGAAGGGCAAGGCCUCUCCCUCUCCUCGUUGCUACAGCAAUCCGGCGAGGCCGAGGAGUUGCGAAUUAGCGACGAUGGGGGCGUUAGAUUACUAUUCUUCAAUCACCAAUCUGACCUUGCAGCAGCAGAGGUGCCCUCGCCCUCUUCCUCCUCCGCCGUCGCCGUCCAUUACUACAAAACCAUCACUCUCUCCACAGGAUGGAAGCACCUCCGCCGCUGUCUUGAACAAGAUUUUCAAAGAUGACAGACGACGAUAGUCACAAUACCCUGGUCUUGAAAGCCACUAGGAUUCGAUUUGGCGAUUACCGCGUGGAGGCGGGCAAUACAUACAUAUUCCUCCG